AUGAUUAGUGAUCCUAUGAUUUGUGAUCCUAUGAUUCGUGAUCCUAUGGUUCGUGAUCCUAUGAUUAGUGAUCCUAUGAUUAGUGAUCCUAUGAUUAGUGAUCCUAUGAUUAGUGAUCCUAUGGUUCGUGAUCCAAUGAUUAGUGUUCCUAUGAUUAGUGAUCCUAUGAUUAGUGAUCCUAUGAUUAGUGAUCCUAUGAUUAGUGAUCCUAUAGUUCGUGAUCCUAUGAUUAGUGAUCCUACGGUUCGUGAUCCUAUGGUUCAUGAUCCUAUGAUUAGUGAUCCUAUGAUUAGUGAUCCUAUGGUUAGUGAUCUUAUGAUUAGUGAUCCUAUGAUUAGUGAUCUAUUGAUUAGUGAUCCUGUGAUUAGUGAUCCUAUGACAGGAGGAAAAUAUAGGGCGACAGAUUGA